UUACCCGCAGUGUCAAGGAAGACCGAGAGAGGCGCUGUGGUUUCAUCAUACCGGAAGUGUCUCCUUUCUUUUCCUUUGGUUUGAACUUUGACCUGCGGCUCCGCAUGUUGAUGGGCCACUGUAAACCAACGUGGAUGGGAAAACAUAAGUGUUUUUUCAUUUAAUUUCUUCGCUCACAAAACUUAACCAUCUCAUGUUUUAGCGGUUUGGAUUUUCGGAGUAGACCGCUCGGCGCCUACAAAGAUGGGAAAAGUACCAAAGAAGAAGAACCUCGCAGACAAGGUCCGCAAGGCCAAAACCUCCACUGAGAUCAAAAACAACCCGUUUGAGGUGAAAAUUAACAGGAAGAAGUUUGAUGUUCUGGGACGAAAAACCAAGCAUGAUGUGGGUCUGCCUGGUGUAUCUCGAUCCAAGGCCAUUAAUAAGAGGAAAGAGACCCUUCUGAAGGAAUUCAAACAGAAGAACAAAUCCAGCAAGUUCAUUGACAGGCGCUUUGGAGAGUAUGACACCAAGAUGGCGCCGGAAGACAAAAUCCUGAAGAGAUUUGCCAUGGAGAGACAGCGUGUCCACGAGAAGAAGGACAUGUACAACCUGAAUGAGGAGGAGGAGUUGACUCAUUACGGACAAUCACUGGCUGAAAUGGAGAAAUUCACUGACGCUGUUAAUAGCGAUGAUGAGUCAGAGGAGAAAGGCCUUCUGUCUGCUGAGCUGACGGCCUCCCACUUUGGGGGAGGAGGAGGUCUCCUUAGGAGGAAAACAGGAGAUAAGUCUGAGGAGGAAGGAAACCAAAGGGCCAAGUCCAGACAGGAGCUGAUUGAGGAGCUCAUCCAGAAGUCCAAGCAGGAGAAGCGUGAACGGCAGGCUCAGAAAGAGGAGUCUCAGGUGCUGACAGAGAAGCUGGACCAGGAGUGGAAGAACAUCCAGGCCCUAAUAGUGAAGAAGACACCCAAGGCUGACAAACCAGAGGAAAAGCCCAAGCUGGACGAAUAUGACAUGAGGGUCAGAGAGCUGGGCUUUGAGAUGAAGGCUCAGCCCUCAGAGAAGAUGAAGACCCCAGAGCAGCUGGCCAGGGAGGAGAGGGAGAAGCUGCAGAAACUAGAGGCGGACCGGCUGAGGAGGAUGAUGGGAGAUGAGGCUGUUGACAGCGCACCGACUCGGAAUCACAUUUCUGCUGAUGAUCUUAAUGAUGGUUUCAUCCUGGAUAAAAACGACAAGAAGACAUUGUCCUAUAAGGAUGGAAAGUGGAACAUCGGAGAAGAGGAAGGUGGUGAUGAUGAAGAAGAGGGGGAGAAUGGUGAGGAGGCAGAAUUAGAAGCAGAAGAGGAGGAUGAAGAUGAGGAAGGAGAAGAAGAAGAGGAAGAAGGCGAAUUGGAGGAUGAAGGAGAUGAGGAGGAAGAAGGGAGUGAAUUGGAGGAAGAAGGAGAUGAGGAGGAGGAGGAGGGGGGUAGUGAGGCAGAUGGCCACUCUGACCUGGACUCUGAUCAGGAAAGUGAAGAUGAGGGAAAAGUACAGAAGGACGAAGAGGAGGAUGGUGCUAAAUCAAAGAGUCUGACCAAGGAGGAGGUGAAGGCUCAGCAGGAGGCUGCCAAAGCAGAGCUCCCCUACACGUUCACUGCUCCAGAGAGCUACAAUGACCUGAAAGAUCUGCUCAGUGGCCACACCUCUGACAACCAGCGCCUCAUUGUGGCCAGAACUCAGAAGUGCAACCACCCCAGCCUGGCUGUAGGGAAUAAGCUCAAACUGCAGAAACUGUUUGGUUUUCUGUUGGAGUACAUUGGAGAACUGGCCACUAGAAGUCCACCUGAGCUGAGGACCAUCGAUAAACUCAUCCCAGAGCUGUACGCCCUGUGUCAGAUGUUUCCAGAAGCAGCCUGUAAAGCCAUGCAGACCGUCCUGGCAGAUGAUGCUCACAGCAUGGAGGAGGUGCUUGAGGUCAAAGGGCGAAUCCCUUUCCCAUCCUUAGAAAUGCUGAUUUACCUGAAGGUGACGGCGCUGCUGUUUCCAACCUCUGACUUCAGACACCCAGUCACUACUCCAGCUCUGCUCUACAUCAGCCAGGCUCUCACUAAGUGUCCAGUGAGAUCCUUACAGGACGUCACGUCUGGUUUACUGCUGUGCUGUCUGGCCGUGGAGUAUGUCUCGUUUUCAAAGCGCUUUGUACCCGAGCUCAUCAACUUCCUGGCUGGAACUCUCCAUCUGGCUGUGAAGGACAAGACCUCUCUAGGUUACACCGUGGCGCCGCCCUUCAGGUCGUCAGGGAAGAACUGUGACCUGCUGCUGGUGUCUGAUGCUGAAUCAUCUCAGAACUGGAGCAAAAAACAACUGCGUCUGUCUGAUACACAACAUCUAGAGCUCAGGACUGACCUUGACAGAGAUCAUCACAGGUUGAUGUGUUUGUCUACCAGCCUGGACCUGGUGAAGCGCUGCUGUCUACUGUACAAAGAGCUCCCAUCCUUUCCACACAUCUUCCAACCAAUCAGAACACUGCUUUCCAAACACCUUUCAUCUCAAAUGUUACCAGAGUCUCUGCAGGAGCUCCACAGUUCCAUCCUGGAGAACAUCAGCAGUUCCUCCGUUCCUAACAACCGACUGGUGUUUGAGAAGAAGAAACCAAUCCCUCUGAAGCUGUUCACACCCAAGAUAGUCGAAGUGUUGGACUACGGCAAGAAGCGAGGCUGCAGCAAAGAGGAGCGGGACAAGGAGCGACUCAAACACAAGUACAAGAAGGAGUUCAAGGGAGCUUUGAGGGAGAUCAGGAAGGACUCACGAUUCCUGGCCAGAGAGAAGCUCAGUGAGGUCAUGAACAGAGACUCAGACCGGAAGAGGAAGGUGAAGGAGCUGAUGGGCAGCCUGGCCACUCAGGAGGGAGAGUGGAAGGCUCUGAAGAGGAAGAAGAGGAAGUGAAGAGGGAACGAGGGAGAAUUCAAUUCUCAUUGUUCUUCUCCUUUGAACUUCUGGUGUGGAUAAAAAAGCAAAAGAACUCUGAACUGUGUAGGUUCCUUUUCAUAUUCAACGAUACUUCAACAUUUCACACAUUUUAUACCGUUUGAGAAUGAGCUAGGAUCAUGAUGGAGAUCAAGUUUUUAAAUUUCCUGCUGUUUUUUUUUUUAAAUAAGUAAAAGAAAAACCAGUGAAUUCUGAGCUUUGAAGU